UUGUUCAACUUUCGCUAGAUAGAGUACGAGUGCAUGGGGCCUGUUGCAGACGACAUCGCGUAUCUCUCUUUUCACUAUGAAUAUUUUUGUCUUUAGUUUACCGUUACUGUACAUUUUAGGGUCAGCAAUAUGCACAUAUGCUCUACCGCUUCGCCCAAUAAUAGGUGUCCUGGCACAAGGCAGUUCAUCGUCGAUUAAGAAGUAUGGCUCGUCUUACAUCGCUGCAUCCUACAUAAAGUUUCUAGAAUCUGCCGGCGCUAGAGUGGUCCCCAUCCUUGUCAAUCAGACUGACGAAUACUAUGGCAACAUUUUCAAGUCAGUUAAUGGAAUAUUGUUUCCAGGAGGAGGGGCUGAUAUUGUGGAUGAUGUCUCGAGAGUAGGUUAUUCAGGAGCAGCGCAUAUUCUCUAUCAUCUAGCAGUUCAGGCUAACAAACAAGGGGACUUCUUUCCACUCUGGGGAAUAUGCCUUGGAUUUGAGGAGCUCAUGAUUCAGACUGCAGGGACAGAUGUCCUCAUAGAAGGCAUCGAGGCACACAACGUUAGUUUCCCCAUACAUCUGGAACCAGGUUUUGAAGAUAGUAGAUUGCUGAAUAAGAAGACUACACCACCUAGCAUCAUCCAUACAUUGACUACUGUCAAUUCAACUCUUAACUCUCAUUCCAUGGGAGUAACACCAGCAAAUUUUACCAAAUUUCCUGCCUUGUCAUCAUUCUUCCGAGUUCUUUCCACCAACCACGAUUUGAAUGGUGUUAAGUUCAUCUCAACUGUGGAAGCCUAUGAUUUUCCAUUCUACGGCACCCAGUGGCAUCCUGAGAAGAACGCCUUUGAGUGGAAAGUGAAUUCCUGUCACUCCAAAGAAUGUGUGGAGCUCAUGCAGUUCUUGGCAAACUUCUUUGUAGAAGAAGCACGGAAGAAUCAGCACCAGUUCAGCUCCGCCGAAGAGAUGGCCAAGUUCUUGAUCUACAACUACCAACCGAUCGACCUAUCUCAGUCGUCAAGUUUCUUUGAACAGGCUUAUUUCUUCCAAUAAGGUGUUCGUUCUUCAUGUGAGUUUGUUCGUUCUUCAUGUGAGUUUGUUUGUUCUUCAUGUGAGUUUGUUCGUUCUUCAUGUGAGUUUGUUCGUUCAAUAUGGUUGUGAGUACUUAUUUCUAAGAGGUAGACAGGGUUUGAUAGUAGAAAACCAGUUUCAAUGCCAGUAUAUCAUGUUUGUUAAUGCUUGAUUUGUGCGGAUGCAGUUAAAUAAUGAAUGGGAAUUGAUGCAAUUGUCAUAAAACUAAAAUGUAUCUUAAGAUUAUAUAGAGGAGAAAAAAAAUUAACAAUAUUGGAAAGCGAUAUAUGUGUAGCGUUAGAAAGCUUGUAAAGAACUUGUGGAAAAUUGAAAUAGACAUAUUUAAGGCAUCAUGUUCCUUUAAACAGGCUUUAAUACUUAAUGCAGCUAGGUCGUUCUUCCAGUAUUAAAGGUUGUGAGUAAUGAUUUCUAAAAAUUAGAGACGAAUUUAUAGCAGACAGCUAUUUACAUAUAUGUAUGGUUGUAUUUAAUCACAAAUUGGAAAUGAUAUUUUGUAAUCUUUUUAUAGUUCAAAGUAAUAUAUUUCAAAUUACUUCAUAUGAGUAGAAAAUACACAAAAGUGGAGAGCAUUGUAGCUGUAUAGUGAGCUUGGGAUUUAGAGCUCUGGAAAAAA